AUGGCUGAUCCUCACCCUAAUCAUAAUUUAUUGCUGGCCAAGAUCCUACUGCUUUCAUACCCUGUCAUAGCCGAUAACUCUUCACGACCUGAUCUGCACAAUACUUCUGUAGUCCAGAUGGAGGAUCCGUUCUUCGAGUGGGGUGAACAUAUAGCUAUAUGGCUUACACUCAAUCUAUUGGCACCAUACCCUGGCACAGAGGGGCGUCCACGACCUGUUCAGGGUGGGCAACAUAUUACCAAAGAGUAUCUACGUGGUCUGCCAUCACGGAGUUGUGUCUGGGCAUUUUGGUUUACGGUUGACCAGCUCGUCGACUUGACUGAAGCGCUUGAUAUUCAAGAGCCAAUAUAUACGGAAAAUAGCCAUAAAUCCAAGCCGCUCGAAGCUGUUGCUCUACUCUACACUUGCUAUUGUCAUAGCGGAGAUCUCUAUGAUUUUAUUGAGAAGUAUGAUCAUUCAGCAUCCUUGCUAUCACAGAUGAUCAUUGAUGUUGUCAAGUACCUUGAUGAGUGGUGGAAGCAUCUACUCAAUUUUGACCACCAGUUCAUACUGAGCCUGGCGAAGAUGGCAGAGUAUGCUGAGGCCAUACGCAACCGUGGAUCUCCCAUCUGGACACUAUUUGGCUUUAUUGACUGUAUGAUCUGUUGCAUCACACGUCCGACAUGGUUCCAGAUGGCAGAUUACAAUGGCCACAAGAAGAUUCACAUGCUCAAGUACCAGGCAAUCAUGUUACCAAAUGAGCUCAUUGGUCAUCUUUCUGGCCCGAUGGAGGGCCGACGUCAUGAUGUUUGGAUGCUGGAAGAGAGUCACUUCUUUGAGCACUGCGAAGCUCAUGCACUUGUUCCGGGAACUGGCCCGAAUAACCCAGUUGAGGAGAGGUUCUACCAGGUUUCCGGUGAUUCUGCAUAUGGAGUUGGGCCCCAUAUUCAAAGCAAUAUUCAUAGUUCAGGUCAGCAGACCGAGGAUGAGCGCGCAUUCAAUGCAAAGAUAGACGGCCAGACUCUCGCUAUGAGUGGCAUUGGCCUUGUGAAGAAGAUUAUUGCCCUCUUCGACCUUCGCAAGCAACUUCUCAAGUCGCUCAGCUUGAAGAACCUCAGCCCGAGCCCUAGCCUCCUCCUGAUCCUUGCGGAUAUGCUCGAGGAAUGUCUCUACUUCUUUGGUGACGAUGAUGCCUUCGUAGCCAAAUCCGAGUGA